GCGCAGGACAAUAAAUUAAUGCCUGGAGCUUGAGGGCCAGCGGCGGCUGGGCGCCCGGGUCGCGGCUUUCUCGCCUGGCCGGAGACUGCCACAGCCGACAUGGGGUGUUUCUGCGCUGUUCCGGAAGAAUUUUACUGCGAAGUUUUGCUCCUGGACGAAUCCAAGUUAACCCUCACCACCCAGCAGCAGGGCAUCAAGAAGUCAACGAAAGGUUCCGUUGUCCUUGACCACGUAUUCCGUCACAUAAACCUCGUGGAGAUAGAUUAUUUCGGGCUGCGGUACUGUGACAGAAGCCAUCAGACGUAUUGGCUGGAUCCUGCAAAAACCCUUGCCGAGCACAAAGAACUGAUCAACACUGGACCUCCAUAUACUUUGUAUUUCGGUAUUAAAUUCUAUGCUGAGGAUCCAUGUAAACUUAAAGAAGAAAUAACCAGAUACCAGUUUUUCUUGCAGGUGAAGCAAGAUGUGCUUCAGGGCCGGCUGCCCUGCUCAGCCAACGUCGCUGCUCAGCUGGGAGCGUACGCCACCCAGUCUGAGCUUGGAGAUUAUGACCCAUAUAAGCAUACUGCGGGGUAUGUAUCAGAGUAUCGGUUUGUUCCUGAUCAGAAGGAAGAACUUGAAGAAGCCGUAGAAAGGAUCCACAAAACUCUGAUGGGUCAGGCUCCUUCUGAGGCUGAGCUGAAUUACUUGAGGACUGCCAAAUCCCUGGAGAUGUAUGGUGUAGACCUCCAUCCCGUCUAUGGAGAGAACAAGUCUGAGUAUUUCUUAGGAUUAACUCCGGUUGGCGUCGUUGUCUACAAGAAUAAAAAGCAAGUGGGGAAGUAUUUCUGGCCUCGGAUUACAAAGGUUCACUUCAAGGAGACUCAGUUUGAACUCAGAGUGCUGGGAAAAGAUUGCAAUGAAACCUCAUUCUUCUUUGAAGCUCGAAGUAAGACUGCUUGCAAGCAUCUCUGGAAAUGCAGUGUGGAGCAUCACACAUUUUUUAGAAUGCCAGAAAAUGAAUCAAAUUCAUUGUCAAGAAAGCUCAGCAAGUUUGGAUCCAUAAGUUAUAAGCACCGGUACAGUGGCAGAACAGCUUUGCAAAUGAGCCGAGAUCUUUCUAUUCAGCUUCCCCGGCCUGAUCAGAAUGUGGCAAGAAGUCGAAGCAAGACUUACCCUAAGAGAGUAGCACAAACACAGCCAGCUGGAUCAAACAGCAUAAACAGGAUAACUGCACACAUGGAAAAUGGAGAAAAUGAAGGGACAACUAAAAUUAUUGCACCUUCACCCGUGAAAAGCUUUAAGAAAGCAAAGAAUGAAAACAGCCCUGAUACCCAAAGAAGCAAAUCUCAUGCUCCGUGGGAAGAAAAUGGCCCCCAGAGUGGACUCUACAACUCUCCCAAUGACCGCAUGAAAUCCCCAAAGUUCCCCUACACGCGUCGCCGAAACCCUUCCUGUGGAAGUGACAAUGACUCUGUACAGCCAAUGAGGAGAAGGAAAGCCCAUAACAGUGGUGAAGACUCGGAUCUAAAGCAAAGGAGGAGGUCACGUUCACGCUGUAACACAAGCAGUGGUAGUGAGUCGGAAAAUUCUAAUAGAGAACACCGGAAAAAGAGGAACAGAAUACGGCAGGAGAAUGAUAUGGUUGAUUCGGGGCCUCAGUGGGAAGCUGUAUUAAGGAGACAAAAGGAAAAGAAUCAAGCAGACACCAACAACAGGCGAUCCAGACACAGAUCUCGCUCGAGAAGCCCUGACAUUCAAGCAAAAGAAGAGUUAUGGAAGCAUAUUCAAAAGGAGCUUGUUGAUCCAUCUGGAUUGUCAGAAGAACAACUAAAAGAGAUUCCAUACACUAAAAUAGAGACUCAAGGUGACCCGAUCCGCAUCAGGCAUUCCCACUCACCGCGGAGCUACCGCCAGUACCGCAGGUCCCAGUGUUCAGACGGAGAGCGGUCUGUUCUCUCGGAGGUGAAUUCAAAAAUGGACCUUGUACCACCACUUCCAGUGACCCGUUCUUCAGAUGCUCAGGGCUCUGGUGGCUCAACAGUUCAUCAGAGAAGAAACGGGUCUAAGGACAGCCUGAUUGAAGAAAAAUCUCAGACAUCUACCACCAAUCUAGUUGGAAAACACACAGCAAAAACAAUAAAAACUGUCCAAGCUUCCCGCCUCAAGAUAGAGACUUGAUCAUGGUCAAGGGCCAGGGAAGGGAGUGGGGAGGGUG